AUGGUCGCCUUUCGCGACAACGGAAUGACAUCCAUCCCGGAGAACUCUUUACCGCCAAAGCUUAGGUGGCUCAUCUUGACAAACAACAAGAUUACGGCCUUGCCCAAGUCCAUUGGUUCUUGUGGUCGGCUGGAAAAGUGCAUGCUGGCGGGGAACUCUCUUACCGAGCUGCCGGAGGAGAUGGCGGGAUGUCAGAAACUGACACUUCUGCGCCUGUCAGCCAACCGAAUCGAUCUGCUUCCUGACUGGCUUUUCCAUCUCCCCAACCUCGCAUUUCUCUCCUUUGCUGGUAAUCCUUGCACAGCAUUAGAACGGACGACGGGACGUGCCCGUCGCAAUUCGGAAAGUCUUCCACGGAUCCGUUGGGCCGACCUUGCCACGCAUGAAGUCCUCGGUGAGGGCGCCUCCGGCAUCAUAUCCAAGGCGACCUGGCGCCGGGAUGGCUCCGAGGAAGACGUGGCCGUGAAGCUGUUCCGCGGCUCACUUACCAGUGACGGGACGCCCAUUGACGAGAUGCGGGCGUGCAUGUCUGCCGGGGCGCAUGCCAACCUCGUCGACGUUCUAGGCCGCAUCCAUGGACAUCCAGACGAAGGCCGGAGGACGAAGAACGGCGGGUUUCAGGGUGGGCUAGUCAUGCAGCUUAUCCCCCCAAGGUAUCGGACACUGGGCAAGCCUCCGUCUUUGGACAGCUGCACAAGGGAUUGCUAUGACGCCUUGGACCCGUCGCUGUCGGCCGAGACUGCCGUAAACAUCCUAGCGGGCGUGGCAGCCGCCGCGAAGCACCUACAUUCGAACGGGAUUUACCAUGGUGACCUUUACGCACACAACAUCAUGGUUGACGACGAGGGGCAGGCCCUACUAGGGGAUAUGGGGGCCGCGACGAUCUAUGGGGAUGACGGAAGGUUUCCGCUGCUCGAGGGGCUCGAGUUAUUAGCCUUUGCACACCUGGUCGAGGACGUGUGCGGUCUGGUGCGUGAACCCGGUUCCGACUCGGCCGAGGAGGUUCUAGAACGGCUCAAGGAGUUACAUGGCCAGUGUUCGGUGUCCCGGGUGGCAGAUAGACCAUCGUUUGGGAGGCUCCUCGAGACGCUGCAAGGUUUGUUGGUGUUGUUGCAAGGGUGA